AAAUCCGUAGUUGUCUUUUUUGUUUCAAAGCUAUCAGGAACCUCCCUGAUCAUCUGACACUUGAAUCUUGACAGUGUGAGGUUAUAAACUUAUAACUUAUAAGUUAUAAGCGAGAGCCGUUGUUUCGGCCGGGCUGAUGAUGUCCUCGCAGGUGGUCGGAACGUUUAUCAACCGGUUCUGAAGGAAAAUUGACAGCGAUGACAACUCUGACAAGCCAAUGCCAAAACCCUAAAGCUCCAGACCUUUGCAGGCUCUGCCUGGAGAAAAGCUCUUCUCUCAUAUCCCUUUUCGACUACGAACCCCUUGAAAACCCCUUGCACUGUCCUCUUCUGAGUAAAAUCUCCCUCUGCCUCUCCGUCCGGAUAACCCACGAAGACAAAAUCACAACAAAAGUCUGUCAGAGUUGUGCUGUCAAAGUUGAUGAAUUUUAUAACUUCUACAAUAAAGCGACGCAGUCCCAAAAGCUCCUCGCACAAUGGGAAUUCGAGCUGGAAGUCCAAAGAACAUCAGAAUCGACUGUCAAGAAUGACUUCAAUAGUGUUCUUGAUGGUUCUUCCGAGAUCCUUGAUGGUGCACUGAGCCUUCAGGAGGAAGAGGAAGGAAAAGAGAAUAAUUUUAGAAAACAUCACGAUCUCCUUAAAGUAGUCGAUGGCGACAGCCUCAGCGCCACUUUUGACGAUGUCGAUGCCACAACUUCCGGUACAGGACUCGAUACCGAUUAUCUGAACAUUGACCAGCUAGGGCUGUUGAGCCAGGACGGAAGCUUGUCUUCUGCUGAUUGGCUCGACGAUACUAUCGGCUGUGAUGAUAUAUUGUCACAGGAGAUCCUAGCAUUAGAAGAAGAAGAGGUCGUAAAAAAGAAGUGCGGGAGGAAAUCAUCAGGGCCCGACUACAUUUCUCACUUGUACGACCGAAAACUGUCAAAAUAUAAAUGCGACAAGUGUCAUUAUUCGACCGCUGCGAAAGGAAAUUUUAAAAAGCACAUAAUGAGGCAUACAAAGGCGUACAAGAUUGUUUGUAAAGAGUGCGAAAGGGGUUUUUACACCAUGGGGGCUUACAAGCAGCACGCACCCGAUGGAGAUUGCACGCAGAACUUGACAUUGCACUGUCCAAAAUGUAGCAGGAAAUACCACUUACCUUCUAAGCUCAAGGACCACAUGAGAAUCCACGAUCCUGAUUUUUCAGCGUCCGGCUUCCAAUGCGACGCCUGUGGCAAGACAUUUCUGACGAAACGAGGGAUGGAAAAACACAUCCAAGCUACGCAUAUGGGAAUAAGGCAUAGAUGUCAGCUUUGCGGUAAACAAGUAACGUGCGCCCAGUCUCUUAAAAACCAUAUGAAGCUCCACACAGGGGAAAAGUCGUACGUCUGUUCGGCCUGCGGCAAAUCGUUCAGCUGCAUGACCGGCCUUGUCGUUCAUGAAAGGACCCACACAGGGGCCAAACCGUACAAAUGCGAUUUGUGCAAAAAAUCGUUUACACAACCUUCAACCCUUAAAGUACAUAAAAGAUACCACACAGGGGAAAGGCCAUACACUUGUGCUUUUUGUGAUAGGAAAUUCUAUACUAAUACACACCUUAGUUCUCAUUUAAGAACACAUCUUAACGAUCCAAUUCUGAACAAUCUAAAUUUUUAAAUUUGAUAACUGAGACAAAGAGUUACCAUUAUUAUCUUGACUAUUUAAAAAAAAAAAAAAAAUUAACCAAUGUUUGAAAUAAUUCAUGACUAUAUUUCAGUAUGAUUUUAGGCAAAUUUAAAUUACAACAACCAGAAAAAGACUCAAACUGAUUAUUGCAUUUCAACCAUAACAUAUCAACAAAAAAUUAUACUUUACAUACAUGGCCAAAUUUUUAAUUCUGAACCAUUUUGUAUAUUGAAUUCUAAAAAUCUUCAUUAAUUAUUAUACAAGAUAAUUAAAUUUUUAAAA